UUCUUAAACGACUUUUCCCACCUCGCUCUUACUCGAUCUGUCUCGAACUCUCCUCUUCUAUUCGAUCCCUCUGCCACGAAAACGACCCAGAGAAACACCAAACCCGAUCUGCUCUCUCCCUCAAAUCGAUCAUUUUCCCUCUCACUCUCGUCGUCCUUGCGUCGCCACUACACGCCCUGCAUUUCCAUCUUCUCUUCCUUCUAUGAACGACGAGGGAAAGGAAGAGCUGAAAGGCGACUGCGGCGGCGAAGGGAAGGCGUCGAUCGACGCGAUGACGAUGCUGGCGGCGAAGAAGUUCAGAGUUUUGGAAUCGGUUGGGGGAAAAUGAUAUACGGCAGCGGACUGUAUCGGCGGUGGCGUAGGGGUGAAACGCGCGGCAAGGGAGAAACACCAGCGAGGGUAUGGUUGAGAAGAAGAGUAGAUAAAUUUUGCAAAGUUACUGUUUCUCAAGCUUUUGUGUUGUUAUUGUGUUUAAGGUAGAAAGUGGUAAGGGAUUUUUUGUGUUUGGGGAGUUACUGGCGUGUGUGCUGUUUGUAGAAAAGAAAGAAGAAGAAAGAAGCUCUCUAUGUGCAAAGGGGAGAAGAAUCUGAUUGUCUCUUUGAGCGGAAGGGAAGUGUCCUGAGGAGGAGGGGGGGAGAUGUACUCUGUUUCUUUCCUACAGCUCGAGGGGAAGGAGAAGUAGAAGCAGAAGAAGUAGAAAAAGUCCAGAAGUGGAAGAGAAGAAGGGAUGCAAGGAAGAACUCUGCCCCUCCCCCCCUUUUCGCUCAAGGAACAGAUGGGUUUUUAUAGAAAAAGAAAACUUGCUCCUCAAGCUUACAGCAGUGCCGGUUCUGGGUCGGACCGGUCUGAGUUCGGUCGGACCGAUAUGGGUUUGGUCAGACCUGAUCUCUGACCGGUUUGACUUUGUUGACUGGUUUGAUUGAGGGCUCUUUGACUUGGGCAGUUUUGAGCUUAAUUGUAAAAUUGUAAUUAUUAAUUGUUCUAAUUAUGAAGUUAAUUUUUUGCAAUUGUCUUAAAUGAAAUUGUUAUGUCUUUCUUUAGACUUUAAUUACUUAGUAAUCAAGAUCCAAC